UGUAGCCUGAAAACAGUGUCGGGUGGUUGAGACGGAGAACAGCCGGGGUUCGCGGAGAAGCACAAGCUUUGUUGUAGCACUGUAAUGGAAAAUCAAGCUGAUACUUUUUAUCGGGAGCUACCAAAAGUGGAGCUUCACGCGCAUCUUAACGGCUCCGUCAGCUCCCAAACCAUCGAGAAACUCAUCCGCCGAAAACCGCAUCUCAACAUCCAACACGGCAUGACAGCUAUCGGCAAAGGCCAGCGGAGGACUCUGGAUGAAUGUUUUCAGGUCUUCAGAGUUAUCCACCAGCUGGUCGACACUGAGGAGGACAUCCUGGUGGUGGCUACAGAUGUUAUCAAGGAGUUUGCAGCUGAUGGUGUCAAAUAUUUAGAGCUGAGGAGUACACCGAGGGAGGAGAAAAACACAGGAUUGACAAAAAAGGGAUAUGUUGAAACUGUCAUCAAAGCCAUCCAACAGUGUAAACGCGAGGGAGUGGAUAUUGAUGUCAGGUUUCUGGUGGCUAUUGACCGCAGGAAUGGGACAGAAGUUGCCAUGGAGACAAUGAAGCUUGCUGAGGAGUUCAUGCUGUCCUCUGAUGGUUUGGUGGUGGGACUCGACCUCAGUGGAGAUCCAACAGUUGGCCAUGGCAAAGAUCUGCUUCCUGCUCUACAGAGGGCCAAGAACUGUGGACUGAAGUUGUCACUGCACCUCUCAGAAGUACCAUCACAGCUGGAGGAGUCAGAUUUGCUGUUGAAUCUUCCUCCAGACAGAAUCGGUCACGGCACCUUCCUGCAUCCUGAAGUGGGUGGAUCCCAAAGUGUUGUGGACAAAGUGGUGAAGAACAACAUACCGCUGGAGCUUUGCCUGACAUCAAAUGUUAAAGGACAAACUGUACCAUGUUACUCCAAACAUCAUUUCAAGUACUGGUACCAGAUGGGACAUCCAAGUGUGAUUUGU